AUGGGCCACUAUCUUGAUGAACUGAAAGAGACUGCGGGUAACGAGCCCAAUGCAGAGAAGAUUGACCUCGUCGAAUAUGCGCGGAAGAAAGAGUUAAGCAACUGGGUGGUCUGGAUGGAGGGCGACGUUUUCCACAUCCGACAGCAAGGUCAAGGGUCCGCGAAUGGGAACGGAACUGUAAUGAACAAUCUUCAUGUCUAA